AUGCGUAAGGUUCUUAUUGAUUGUGACCCAGGAAUCGACGACGCCAGUGCGUUGUUGUUGGCCCUUGCGCCUGGAAACUUGGACGUCAAGGCCAUCACCACUGUUUCGGGAAAUCUGCGUGCAAGCGAUUGUACUAACAACCUCAAGAAAAUCCUGUCCAUGAUUGAUAGAACAGACAUUCCCGUCGGCCAAGGGCCCGAAAAGCCGCUCGUUCGCAAAUAUCCGCGAGAUCCUUUCUCUCAUGGUUCCGACGGCCUAGGCGACCUGGACAUGCCCGAACUUAACAGUACCAAAUGGGACGAGUCGGGAGCCUCCGUUGCCGUGGCCAGCGACCUGAUCGUCGACACCGUCAAUAAGUACCCCGGACAGAUUUCGAUGGUCUGUCUCGGUCCGCUCACAAAUCUGGCACUGGCCCUAAUUAAAGACCCUCAGCUACCAUCCAAGCUGGAAAAAGUUAUCAUCAUUGGUGGCUCGUUUGGCUUCUCUCCCUCUGAGGCCCUACAUGCCACGGGAGACAACCCUGUCAGUGAGUGGAACAUCUACGUUGACCCAGAAGCAGCCGAGCUUGUCUGGGGCGCAAAAUUCAACCUGACAGCCAUUGGAAUGGACAUUUUCUGUCAGCCCUGCAUCGCCAUGACACAGAAAUACCAAGACAAACUGGCGCUUUCGAGCUCUGUUGCAGCCAAAUUCAUCUUAAGUGUGCUUGCAUGGCUCAGAAGGCGCAACUUUGGUGACUACUGCGCGCUGAUCGACUCGCUUGCCGUCGCCUAUGCUAUCGACGAGUCGAUCAUGGAAACAGAGAAAGUCGACUGUCUGGUCGAGACCAAGUCGGAGAUCGCGCUUGGCCAGGUCGUUGUCGACCGUAGAAAGAACUUCAAGUGGGAUAAUUUGCCGCAAAUCGACGCAGUUUGCACCGUAAACGGUGAAAAGUAUCUGUCCAUCUUGACAGACGGCUUCACCAAAUAUUAG